CGACAAAACUUAUCACGCUGAUAAGUGCAACGCCGCAUGGUUCUAAAUCAUGUGUUCGAGUUGCAGCCGAAGAUGCAAUACUGCAAGUCUCCAGGAAAGAACAUCCAAGAAGCCUUGGCGUGCGGUGUCCGUUCAGCUGUCAAACAAAUUCCAAACACCAUCACCACCAUCGGAUUCGGCACCUGGCGAGAUGUCCUACACCACCCAGAAAGAGUUCUUCAACGUGUCCUUCCGCAACGAAGCGCCCCGGCUUCCGGAGCGAAAGCGCAGCGAUGGGGCGCUCAUGACCUAUGACCUCUGCACCGAUGGCCGAGCCUGGGCGCUGGACAAGCAGAAACGCUCGAACUACAUCCUGGAUGUGGUCCACAAGGCACGCUUCAAGAAAGCGAUGCUUCAUCCGGAAGGUCAGUUUGAACUCACCAAAGACUAUCUGAUCCAUCUGGACGUGGAUGAUCUAGCCGAAUACAUCCUUAGCCUGCAGGCGGAGAUCAAGCGGAAGAACGACUCCGUGCUACAACUGGAGGAAACCCGAAGGACUCUGGACGAACAGCUGGAAGCGAUUCAGGCAAAGUCCGACGAACUAAGCGAGAUUCAACAGCAGUCGGCCAUGCUGGCAGAGGAACGCACCGAAUUCGAGCAACAGCUGGAAGACCUGGAAAAGGUGAUCGUGGAUCUGAAGGAACGUGCCGAUCGGUACGAUCUUCUGGCCAAGGAGAAUGCGUCGCUGCGGGAUCAGUUGCAACACCAGCGAACGGAGACGGCCGACCGCAUACGGUUGAUCAACGCCGAAGUGGAAGCAAAUUUCAACCGUAUGAUAACGCAGGACUACGACAAGCUGGAGGCAGAGUUGGUGCUGUUCAAGGCGCAGUACGAAGAUCUCCGACAGCAGAAGCGGGAUUUGAAGGAACAAUUGCAGAAAGCUUUUGUGCAGCAGGGUAAAAUGACGGAGUUGAGGCGGCAGCUAGCUCUGGAGCAAGCUCACAGGGAAAAGGUUGAAGAUGAACUGGAGCAUCUGUUGUCACUUUACGAUCAGCGGUUCCAAGCUCUGGAUGAGCAGCCUGUUCCGGUUAUCGAGGACUUUAACAGACAGAGAACGGAGCAAUGGGUCGAGAGUAGAGCGCUCCCAUCGGCUGAUGAAGAGUCGCGAGCUCAAUUGGCGCCGUACCGAGGUGAAUCGAUUAAACCGGAGACUGCAGUAGAGGUGGUCGUAGAAUCUUGUAUGAACUGUGCCAGAUUAGAACAACAACUUGAAAAUCUUCGGAGCGUCCAGGUUGAAGAGCUACAAGAACGUGAAAAGGAAAGUGAAGCAUUGCAAGAACAGUACAAUUUGUUGAAAAAGGAACUGGAAUUGUCUACCAGAGCUAAGGAUGAGGAGAUGAAAAAACAGGAAGACAUUCAGAAGCAACAAUUGGCGCAACUGGAAUCUAUCAGGAAGGAACAGGCGCCAAGCAAAGAUCAGCCACCGACGGUAGAUGCCGCUGAAUUUGAAAGCCUGAAAAAGACCAACGAGGAUCUGCAGAAGGAGAUAGCGCGAUUGUUAGCGGCUCAAAACGCCAACCAAGACGAUGUGGCUAAGACCGCGGAAAGUCAAGCAGAGUUGAUUAAAACGAUUGAGAACCUUCGCUCGGAGUUGCAGAGCACCAACCAAACGGUGAAGGAGAAAGAAGAAGCGAUGCGGCAAAUGGAAGUGGAAGUAGAGAAGACGCGAUCAACGCAACAGUUGGGAGCGGCGGAAACUGUAGCGGCGCACGUGCAGGAGGUAGAGCUAUUGAGUAGAAAGAAUGAUGAACUGGAAAACAAACUGAAGCAAUGUGAACUUGAGAUGGAUGAGCGAAAGCGUGAGCUUGAGGAUCAAAAACGUCGUUUGGCAGAAGAGGACCAAGCCAGGAAAUCGCUGACGGCUCGUAAUGAUGAAGCCACGAAGCUUGCGGAAACGCAAUCAGAAUUGAUAAAGACUAUUGAAAACCUUCGCUUGGAGUUGCAGAAUACCACCGAUAUGGUGAAAGAGAAAGAUGAGGCAAUCAGGAAAAUGGAAGUUGAGAUGGGCAUGAUGCGAUCCGAGCAACAGUUGGGAGCCGCGGAAUCUGCCGCAGCCGCUGUGCAGGAAACAGAGCGGUUGAGCCGAAAGGUUGAAGAACUUGAAGAAAAAUUGAAGCAAUGCAACACGGAACUCGCUGAACGGAAGGAUGGCGAUACAGUUCGUAAAGGUGGCGACGUAACUGAUGAUGCGGACCUCCAAGGUAAGGAUCAGGCGGAGGUUGCUGUCACAGAAGUGUCGGACGACAUCGAUGAAGUAGAAGGGGGCUUGUCGAAGAUAUUAGAUGAGGUAGAAUCCACGACGAAGGAGAGGAAAUCGCUGAUAGACGGUGAAGAGUAUGACAAUAUUGCACAAGAGGUAUCUCAAGAAACUAUUACUGCAGUGGAAAUAGAUGAACUACGAGCAAGCAUAAAAUCUGCAGCUGCUAAGAGUGAUUCAGAAGCCAAGAUAAGACGUGAAACUGAUCGCGAUAGUGAAGAUGCUUCUGAAAUUCAACACGCUGAAGAUGAUCGACAGUCAUUGAUCGAGAGUGAUACUGUACUAGGUGAUGAGGCAAGCAUUCGACAAAUCGAUCAAAGCGUAAAAAUAGCUGAUGUUGAGGCCACAGAGCUCAUCGGAGAAGAAACAAAGAUAGAUUCACAAGAAAAGGAGAGUUCGAUACUUGAUGAACUAACACAAGAGCAAAGGACAAGACUUGAGCAAAAUGGGUUCAUGGACGAUGAUAUCAUCAGGAUUGGAACUUCUGAUCCGGACAAAACUAGGUUGAUUGCGAUCAAAAUUGUCCACCAUGGAAUGGACGUUUUGGUGAUCGCCGAGUUGGACCACCUUCAUCGGGAAUUGUGUCGUGCGAUCAUCGAGAGGUAUCUAAUGUUGGGCAAAAAUGUGCAAACAAUAGACAAAGCCAUGCACGAGUGUCAUCAGAUAUUGGACAUUGUUAAGGAGAUGGGCAACCAUGAGAUGAACAGCAUGUUGGCAUCGCCGGCCACUCAGGUCCCGAUCAGGAAUCCACUUCUGAUGGAGGACGACAUUCCAGUGCGUUUGCCCGCCAAAUCCAAAUCGCGACCCAAAUCAACCAGCCUCAGCCAAGGGUCAAGCGCUUUGAAGAAGGCAGGUCGAGUGCUUGUCGGAGACUAUGAUGAUACGCUUUCGAACUUUAUGAAAUCAGCGCCAAAGAAACAGGGUAAAGUCGUCGUCGAUAGUAAUGACCAGUGCAGAACACGUCCAUGGCGGGCCCCGAAGACCCCUGUGGAAACCAUUGUUGCUAGUACUUUGGUGGAUGGAUCGCGAGUUGUUGCACGCCAGAAGCGGUAUUCUUAAAUAUUUUAACCAUUUUUUUUACAUAUUUGUGUAUUUAAAUCCAAAAUCAAGUGGACGUUCUCAUUGACAUUCUAUUUCUGAACUCUUUUUAUCUGUUAAAAAUAAAUUUUACUUUUAUUUCGGAUGUUAUAUA